CAUUGCACUACUCAGCCCUGGUAUUCACCCUGUUCCCGGUGGCGAAGGAUAUGAGCUCGGUGUUUAUGUUUUUUGCACAUUCUUUCGCGAUUGACUUUCUCCAAAGUUCGCGACAACAACUACCUGCUGCUGACACGAGUCAAGCAGGAAACUGUGGGCGCUGACACCAGUGCGCAUGCGCAGAUGCACACGUCGCUGUGUUGUUAUCGUUAGUCUGAGUGGGUGAGAGAGAGAGAGAGAGACACGCACACAAAGCGCGUCCCCGUGAACUGGACUUUCACCUCGAGUUGGACACAAAGAUGACAAGUCCGGACGAGUGGACCAGCAACCAGAACGAAACGAAAGCGUGGUACAAAAGCAGUUUGACGUUGAAGUUGUCCACGUAAAACUCUUGGCUUUGUGUACGAGCUCCGAUCAGCCGCAAAGAGGACUGCGUGGUUUUGUGUGUAUGCAAGUGGGCAUACAAGCGUGCGUGCAUGUGUGUGUGUGUGUUUGUGGUUAAGCCAUGAGUGUACGGUUGUGGGAUCAGCUCCAGGCUGGGAGCUCGGAGGUGGACUGGUGUGAAGGGAAUUAUCUGAUCUAUUCAGGAAUAGCAGAGUUUUAUAAUACGAUCAGCAACUUUUUAUUCUUCAUUCUGCCCCCUAUUCUGAUGUGGCUUUUCCGUCAGUACGCCACGCAUUUCAACAGCGGAAUCUAUCUCAUCUGGACCCUCCUAGUGGUGGUCGGGAUUGGCUCUGCAUAUUUUCACGCUACUCUGAGUUUCCUGGGACAGAUGCUUGAUGAAUUAGCAAUAUUAUGGGUACUCAUGUGUGCCAUUGGCAUGUGGUUCCCCAAGAGAUACCUGCCCAGGAUUUUCCGUAGAGACAGAUCAAGGUUUAAAUUGGUUGUAGGAAUCUUCUCUGGGAUCACCACUGUUCUGGCCUUCAUCAAACCAGCCAUUAACUCGAUUUCAUUAAUGACAUUGGGGAUUCCAUGCACAGCUCUUCUAAUCACAGAACUUAAGAGGUGCGAGAAUCUGCGCGUGUUUAAACUAGGCCUGCUCGCUGGUCUGUGGUGGACUUUAGCACUCAUGUGCUGGAUCAGUGACCGGAUAUUUUGUGAAAUGUGGUCAUCUGUAAACUUCCCAUACCUCCACUGUGCCUGGCACAUUCUGAUCUGCCUGGCCUCCUACCUUGGCUGUGUGUGCUUUGCUUACUUCGAUGCAGCCUCCGAAGCUCCAGAACAAGGCCCGGUGUUGAAAUUCUGGCCCAGUGAAAAGUGGGCCUUUAUUGGAGUGCCUUACGUAACUCUACUUUGUGUUCACCGCAAGCCAUCCAUCAAGGUGACAUGAUCAGCUGGCGAUGCUUCAAAUUUUGGCUGUCAGUGCACUUUUACAGAUGAACUAUUUUUCAGACUGAGAAUUUAGUGGUCUAUAAAGUGUUUUGUUUGUAUUGUUAAUUUAUAUAUUUUCCUUAAGCAUAUAUUGUCAUACAAUUUUUCCAGACAUGACAGAAACCUUUUUUUGUUGUUGUUGUUCUUUGGACCCACGCACAAAAUGAACAUUUCUUUACGUCUGUAAGGAAAAAAAAAAUUCCCCCUGAAAUGAUAUUGUUUGUUACCCGUGCACAUUGCAUUUGAGAAUGCAUAUCACCCAUAGUACUUCCUAAUAGUGUGCUUGUUAAUGUGGAGAACUCGCUGGCUCAGGGAUAAAGGAAUGAGAGAUAGGUGACAGGUUCUCCAACAAAAAAUGCCUUUAUUUUGCCACUUUUUACAUUCACUUUCCAUUGUCUCAAUGCACGCACACGUGUACACUGUUUUGUGUUUUCUCUCCUGAGUCUCUCGUCCCUUAUCCUUUUAUCCUCCCCAGCUACCACUUAGUUUUUUUUCUUUAUUACUAAUGACUUCUUUUCAUUAUUUGAGUGUAAAAAUGGAAAUAAUAAACUAAAAUGAAAGCACAAUUUAUCAGCAUUCAACCAAUAUUUUCAGGGUCUUUAGACUUGCUGGUCUAAUGUUUAGUCAUAUCCAGUUGUGUGAACCCAGUGGUUAUCUGUAUGAAGAAGUACAAUUAAUGAAUUAAUAUUUUUUGCCAUAAUGCAAUUUUACACAAUUUUAGAAUGUGAGCUAUUUUUGUAAUGCUGUAUAGCACAAUGUACUAUGUAAAGUAUUGCACGGAACUGCAUAAUAAUCAAGUGUUCUUGCAAAAUACAAACAAACAAACAAACAAAUCCUCCAUGUUUCCUGAGGGAAUGUCUUGCAUGCUCUGUUAUACAGAAGCAGAAAACUCUAAAGUCCGUUUGUAGAUGGUUUUAAUUGAAUAUUUGAUUGAAAGUUGAUCUCAUUUCUCAACACGUUUGCAGUAAACCAGCUUUGCAAUGUUUUUCUAUAACUUAAGAUUUACUUUAAGUGUCAGACAAAGGCAUCAUUAUUUCAGAGGAUAAAUUGCUUUGUUUAAAUUAAAUCUGUUUGUUUUUUUGUAAAUGCUGAUUUAAAAUAGUCUUUUUGUAAGUAAAGACAAAACUGUUUUUACAGGACACAGCACAGAACCUCAGUACACGUCCCUCCUGUACUCGGAAGCAGACAAGAGGACUUUUUUCAAGUUUGUAAAAAAAUAAAUAAAUUCUGAUAAAUGAU